AUCGCCAUAUUUUCGAUAAUGAUUUUCGAACAACGAACUUCCGCCCGAUUGAAAAAGACAAAAAAUUUUCCUUUUCAUUUCUUUUUUUCGUAGAAAUGCCACCUAAAAAGCCAACCGAAAAAUCCGCUGCCAAGCCUGGUGAUAAAAAGCCAGAGAAGAAAGCUUCGGCUACUACUUCUGCCGCUGGUGGCAAAAAGGAUACCGCAGCCAAGCCCGCUUCUGCUGCUAAGAAACCUGCUGUAGUUAAGAAAACUGCUGCAGCCGCUACUAAGAAACAUGUAGCCAAGAAGGCUGCUCCUACCAAGAAGGUUGCUUCUAAGUCCAAGCCAAAAACAAAGGAUGCCAAAAAGAAGGUUGCUGCUGGCAAAAAGCCACAAUCUAUCUUGGCUAAAUUAUCCGCUAAGGCCCGUGCUGCUGCUAAAGGCAAGAAGGUUGCCAACAAACCUGGAUCCAAGGUACAAAAGGGUACCUCUAAGGCCAAGGCUGUAGCUUUGUUGAAGGCCAAGAAGGCUCAAACCAAGAUCGUUAAGGGUGCAUUUGGUACUCGUGUACGUAAAGUACGCACUAAUGUACAUUUCCGUAGACCCAAGACCUUGAAGUUGCCCCGCAACCCCAAGUACCCCAGAAAAUCUGUACCAAACAGAAAUCGCAUGGACGCUUACAAUAUCAUCAAAUACCCAUUGACCACUGAAGCUGCCAUGAAGAAGAUUGAAGACAACAAUACUUUGGUAUUCUUGACACACUUGCGUGCUAACAAGAACCACGUGCGUGCUGCUGUCCGCAAGCUCUACGAUAUUAAAGUAGCCAAAGUUAAUAUUUUGAUCAGACCCGAUGGCCAAAAGAAGGCUUAUGUUCGUUUGGCUCGUGACUAUGAUGCGUUGGAUAUUGCCAAUAAGAUUGGCAUCAUAUAAAUUGUCAAAUUCACGGAGUCUUGUACUUUGUUUCUUUUUUAUAGAAAUAUAGACGUAAAUUAAAAAACUAAAAAAAUUGUAUUUCUUAAAAAAAU